CGAGAGGAAAGCGAGAGGGCGAGGACAUCUACUACUGUGGCACCAUAGCUAACUGAGUAUGCAGCUGAGCCCCUGGACACUGAGAUGCCGACAUCCGAGGAGCCACCGCCAGAGUUGCCACACGCAAAGGAGGGGGUGAAUGCAGGAGUUCCACUGCGGGAGGCCCGCUGGACGCAAGCGGAGAGGCCACCAAGGGAGACGGCGGAGGAGAACUUCGCAAGAGUGCAGGUGCGCCUCGAGGAGAUAUACCAGGAGAAGAUUAGGAUGGAGGCCGCAGGGGAAGCGCCGAAGCCACCAAUCGACCCCCCGACGAGCGAACAUAGGAUUGAUGAGAUAUGGGCUAGUUAUGAGGAUAGGAGAAUACGCCAGGUGGCAACCACGUCCUUCCAGCGGUACUCCAUGCUCAGUGAUGAGUUGGCAGCCUCGAGGUUGGAGGUGGAGCAGUUGUCUACCCAGCUGGCGGAAGAAAGGGUAGAGAACCAAGCUUGGAGGUCCCGCAUGGAGGCCAAGGAGGCGGAAUGGGAGAAAAGGCUCCAGGACAUGGCGGCGAUCGUGGAGAGGCUCUCGGCCACCAAGGUGGUCGACUGGAUAGAGCAGAGCCGAUAUGGUAUCCACGGAAAGGAAGUACUGGGACUCUUCGACCAGGGAGGGACGACAAAGCCAUCUCAGCAAGAGAGAAUGAAGAAGGUAUUCCUGGACCCAGCAGAAGUGGAAGCAAGACAGAAGGAUGAGGAUGGGAGUUUCAGCUUCAGGGCUCCUACAGAGUUGGCCUCGCAACUAGCCACCCCGAUGACGAUUGAGACCCCUGCAGUCGAGCCCACGCAAAGACCCCAAUCCCCACUAGUGGAAGGGGGUCUUGCAGAGGAGUCCCCUACAAUGCUUUUGGAGGUACAGGAAGGUACCCUUACGGGGGCGGCAGCGUCCACUGAGCCUGAGGCAAUGGAGGAAGAGGCAUCUCGCUUGGAUGAGUUAGUGGCAGCCAUGGAAUUGGACAUGCCGUCAGAGGGGCCUCAGAGACACAAGACCCCGGAGCGUGCGCCAAAGAUGGGGGAGUUGAGGACACAGUUAGGCUCCUGGGCUACUGGAGCUGACACGGGAGAGCACAUCUCAGAGCAACUGCAGGAGGUUAUGAGUGAGCCAGUGGCCAUCAUGUCUCCCCAACGUUCAGACCCGCAUAGAGACGAGGGGACGAUGGUGGUGGAAGGGGUCCGUGAGGGUAGGCCGCAGAGAUUGGGCACUCCGGCGUAUCAGCCUGAGGAAGGCGAGAUGCGAGCGGGGCCGAGUACCCCGAUGUUGGAAGCGAGACCGACAGAAUCAUGGAGUAUGCCCCAGAGCCAUGAGAUGAGCAGGAAGGCCAGUGAGACGCCGUCGCUGCCGGGGUCUGAGAAGAAGAAGAGAAGGUGUCAGAGGAGGUUGGAUGAUCAGUGCUUCUUCUGCAAGCAUGGCGUACAUAGGGCUCUCGAAUGCCCAAAGUUCCUCAAGGACAAGGCGGCUGGGAGAGUGAUAGAGAGUGGUGAAAGGAUGUAUGAUAGACAGGGUGGAGUGAGCUCAUGAUGGGGGUAGGGCACAACUGUAUAGGCAGAACCAGGAGGUCAUGAGUGAGUAGGGACUGGCCACCUAUAUGACAGUAGGACUAGGGCUCCUUUGUACGC